GUGAGUAUGUUGCAAAAGCGUAACUCUAGGGGGUGCUGAUGAAAACAUGCUAUGUUUGGGAAAAGUGGUAGAACGAGCGUUGUACCCUCAGAAAUCAGAAUAACCUACUCAGAAAUCCUCGGGAAGAGGGUCGCUCUCAAUUCUCAAAUCUCACGACUUGAUUUGAUUGGAUCCAAAUCCCUAUUUGCAAUGGCGAAUCUGAAUCAGCAACAAAUCUCAAUUAAGCCAUGGAUCCUUGAAGUUGUUCCCUUCAUAGUCCUUGUUCUCAUAGCUGCUCACGUCAUCGCUUUGGUCUAUUGGAUAUACAGAUUAGCUACGGAAAAGCUCCCUGGACGAAGAAAGAAGCACUAGACCUUCUUCUACUUCUAAUUCCUAGUUCAGUGGUUACACGAAGAAUCGAAGGUGUAGUGAUCCAAGAUCUUGUUUAUUUGUUUAAUUUUUUACAUUUUAGCCUUUGUGUAUGGGAUAGGGUACUCUUGUUGGAGGCACACAAGGUGUUCGAUGAAAUGUGUGAAAGAAAUGUUGUCAAUUUGACGAUUAGUUUGGGUGUGUGAAAUGCAAAGUGAUGUAUGUCAUGAAAAGUUUUUUUUACAGAGUUUAAAAUUUUCUUCUUGUGUUUUGGCUUC